AUGGCAGGGACAGGGAAAUCAACAGUCUCCCAAACAGUCGCACGCCGUCUUCAAGAGCAGAAGCUUCUCGGGGCCAGCUUCUUCUUCCGGAGAAAUGAAGAGGAUAGAGGAACAGCAAAAAAGCUUUUCCCAACGUUGACUGAGCAACUGGUCAUCGGUAUACCUCAAAUGCUGCCUGGAGUUCAAAAGGCAAUUGACGAUGACCCUAAUAUUUCGGAAAAGGCGUUGAAAGAACAAUUUGAUAAGCUUCUGCUAGACCCACUGGCUGGAAUCGAGCAGCGCCCGGGCAAAGAAACUAUACGCAGAGUGAUCGUGAUUGAUGCUCUAGACGAAUGUGAGUCAGAAGAUGAUAUAGGGAUUAUUCUCCGGAUCUUACCACGGGUUCAAAAGUCAACUUCUGUACAAAUACGGUUUCUAUUAACAAGUCGACCUGAGUUACCAAUCAGGCUGGGCUUCAAAAGAAUCACUGAUGCCCAUCAGAAUUUGGUCCUCCAUGAGAUCGCAGAGCCGGUGAUAGAGCAUGACAUAUCCUUAUAUUUUGAGGAUCAGUUCCUACACCUAAGGGAGAGGCGCUCAUUGUCAUCAGACUGGCCCGGAGCUCCAGCUACCAAGAGAUUGGUUAAUAGGGCCAUCCCUUUGUUCAUUGCAGCUGCUACUGUAUGUCGCUUUAUUGGUGAUCCAAAAUGGAACCCCCAAAAGCGACUUGAUGCGAUAUUGGCGGACAACUCAACCUAUGUGUCAAAGAUGAAAAGUACAUAUAUUCCUGUGCUGAAUCAACUUCUCACUGGUCAGAAUGAAACAGAGUCACAGACAUUACUCGAAGAAUUCAAGGAGAUAGUGGGGGUGAUAAUCAUACUGGCCACCCCGCUCUCGAUCAACUCCCUCCGCCAUCUAGUGGGAAAAGAGCCAGAUGAUAUCAAACUUCGAUUGGACCAGCUCCACUCGGUGCUCAGUGUACCAACCAAUUUCGAUUCGCCAGUCAGGCUCCUCCAUCUGUCAUUCCGAGAUUUCCUUUUGGAUCACGACAAAGAAAGAAAAUUCUGGAUCGACGAAGAAUGUACAAAUCAGCGUCUUGCAGAACGAUGUUGUCAGAUCAUGCAGGAUACCCUGAAGGAAAACAUCUGCGAACUACCAAGCAAAGCCACGAAAAGAGAUGAGAUUAGCAAUGAUUUGAUUCAGCGUUAUAUACCUCCCGAUCUGCAAUACGCCUGUCGCUACUGGGUACAUCAUCUUGAGCGCUGUAAGGGCCGUGUAUCCGAAUCCGAAGUUCUUCGUUUUUUGAAAGUACAUUUCCUUCACUGGUUGGAAGUGCUUGCUCUGAUAGGAGAUAUAUCGAAAGCAACCGGGAUGAUUGAGAUAAUGAAAUCAAGAACUUGGGUAAGUCUCGAUCUAUACACUUGA